AUCCUCCAGUGGGGUAAAUCUGCAUUUAUGGGAAAAGCUGGAACUAAUCCCUGUAUUUCUGUCUCCACUGCAGGAUGAGGUCUCUUCUCUGGACAUUGAACUCCCAGCUCCCUGUGCCUGCUGCCUGUGAUGGAAGAGCUUGAUGUGAAUGUGAGUUCGAGUGAGGCCUUUGGCAUCGUGGAGAAGAUCCUGCUGCUCUCCUUCAUCUCCGCCGUCAUCCUCAUGGCCAUCCUGGGCAACCUGCUGGUCAUGGUGGCCGUGUGCAGGGACAGGCAGCUCAGGAAAAUCAAGACCAAUUAUUUCAUUGUUUCCUUGGCCUUUGCUGACCUGCUGGUGUCGGUGCUGGUGAUGCCCUUUGGAGCCAUCGAGCUGGUUCAGGACAACUGGGUCUAUGGGGAGAUGUUCUGCCUGGUGAGGACAUCCCUGGACGUGCUGCUCACCACAGCCUCCAUCCUGCACCUCUGCUGCAUCUCCCUGGACAGGUACUAUGCCAUCUGCUGCCAGCCCCUGGUGUACAGGAACAAGAUGACCCCGCUGCGCAUCGCCGUCAUGCUGGGGGGCUGCUGGGUCAUCCCAACCUUUAUUUCUUUCCUCCCCAUCAUGCAAGGCUGGAAUAGCAUUGGCAUCAUUGAUCUGAUCCAGCAAAGACAAUUCAACAAAGCCUCCAACUCCACCUACUGCAUCUUCAUGGUGAACAAACCCUACGCCAUCACCUGCUCCGUGGUGGCUUUUUACAUCCCCUUCCUGCUGAUGGUGCUGGCCUACCACCGCAUCUACGUGACAGCACGGGCACACGCACGGCAGAUCCGGCUGCUGCAGCGGGCAGGGAACCCCCAGGAGCCCAGGCAGCACCUCCAGGAACCCAGACAGAACCUGCAGGAACCCAGACAGAACCUGCAGGAACCCAGACAGCACCUCCAGGAACCCAGACAGAACCUGCAGGAACCCAGACAGAACCUGCAGGAGCACAGACAGAACCUCCAGGAACCCAGACAGCACCUCCAGGAACCCAGACAGAACCUGCAGGAACCCAGACAACACCUCCAGGAGCCCAGACAGAACCUCCAGGAGCCCAGACAGAACCCACAGGAGCCCAGACAGAACGUGCAGGAGCCCAGACAGAACGUGCAGGACCAGCACAGCUCCCACCGCAUGAAAACCGAGACCAAAGCCGCCAAGACGCUGUGCAUCAUCAUGGGCUGCUUCUGCCUCUGCUGGGCCCCGUUCUUCGUCACCAACAUCGUGGAUCCCUUCAUAAACUACACAGUGCCUGGCAAGCUGUGGACGGCCUUCCUGUGGCUGGGCUACAUCAACUCGGGCCUGAACCCUUUCCUGUACGCCUUCCUCAACAAGGCCUUCAGACGUGCCUUCCUCAUCAUCCUCUGCUGCGGCGACGAGCGCUACCGCAGGCCCUCCAUGCUGGGCCAGAGCGUGCCCUGCUCCACCACCACCAUCAACGGCUCCACACACGUGCUCAGGUGAGCUCUGGUGCCUUGGGGAUUUGCCAAAAUGUGAGUGUCGGCCUCGUGCUGGUGAUGGGCCGUGAGGG